AUGAGCGAUGAUGCCUCGCCGAGCUCCACGGCGCCGAACGAAGCUUCCACGGCCGAACCAGUCAAUGUUUCAUCCGGCAGCCGUGUCACAUGGAGUCUACCACGCGAGCAUUCGAGAUCAGCUCGGUCGCGCGCCCAGUUGCACCCUCAGCGUCGCAAGAAGAAGAAAAGCAGGAAGAAGCGCAACCCUGGGUUAGCGAGAAAGUUGGAAUUUGUCACCCAUUUGCUCAGGAGUCUUGAUACCCUGGUUUUCGCGGAGCUGAGCGGACUGUACUAUAUGGAGUAUGACUACCUGCCCGUCUUUCCUGAACAACGCUUACCAGUGAUGCCCCCCUCUAGGUGCUCAAUGUUUCGAUUCAUCCUAAGAUCUGUUGGCCAGUACCUAUAUCUCACGCCGAAGGAUGAAUCAUUUCCUUUCUUAAUGCCUGCGAGUCCUAUACACGUGUGCCUCGUUCUCAUUCCCAACAUCAUUUGCAUACUUCUGCAUAUUUUUGUUUCUCUGCCUGUUGGUCCUGGCUACCACCGAGGCUAUAUGCACGGUGGCCUGGUCAUCGACUUCAUAGGACAAAAGCCCCCCAGUUCUCGCAUUUACUAUGUUCUAGUAGAUGUCAUGAUCCUCGCCGUUCAAUGCCUAAUGCUGACGGUCCAUACUGAGCGUGAGAGACUACGGGUUACUCUUAAGACCUUCCGACCUAUGGUACCUGACGUGGCUCAGGAGAUGGCUCCUACCAUAGAAGAUCUGGAUGCGGAAGAGCGUGGAGUAUCAAGGGACAUGCCUGGCUCAUUACCAGCUGAUGAGGAGGACGGCAUCGAGUUGCAACCCUUGCGACGCACCAGUACAACUGAAGAUGCCAACUCGACGUCAGGAGAAUCAGAGCCAUCGGCUAGAGAAUCACCAAUGGAUGAACCAACACGGUCAUAUCUGUCUGAUGUCCUGAGUUCUGGAAAUGCGAUCAUCGGCGAAUAUCAUGUUCUUCACUCACUUCACAAUGCUGCGUUGAAUAUCGAGAGAACAGCCGCAUAUUCUCUCCGUACUAUUAGCUAUGGAGCAACUAUGGCCUCCAUUGAAGCGAGGAGACGAGGCCUCAAUGUGCCAGCUCAAACAGUUCAGAACCAUAGACAAUGA